GAAGCCAGUGAGCAGCUUACACAAUUUAAGACGGUGCGUGAAUGUAAGGUCCUACUCCGCAGGAUUCAUCAUUCUGUUUGUAAAAUGACUGGAGAAGAAGUGGAUGAAAUUCAAACGGAAAUAUCGUCCACAUUACCAUUGCAAACGGUAGCUGCAGCUGAAGAAUUUGAAAAAAAGCUGCUGCAACAACAAUAUCUUGAGGCAAUGAAAACUUUACUUUUGAAAAUUAAGGGUCCUGAAACGACUGUUGACGAUUUGCUUCGUCAACUUUAUAGUGAUGAAAUGUUGUCGCUUUGCAACUGGGAUGGUAGGGGCAACAAGGAAGCAUUGUGCCAAUAUUCUCUUGUUUCGGACAUACUUUUUGAUAUUUUUCAGCUAUGCGGACGAGCAACUUACGAGAAGAACAUUCGUAGGUCAAUUGAGCUUAGUCACCACCGUUUUAAGCAGCGAAAUUAUCGGCAGCGGAAUUUAAAUAAAAAAUAA